AUGGUUCGAUUCAAAACAUUGCUAAACACACCUCCUCUCACCAACAAACAACAAUGUCUCUCUCUCCUCAACUCUUGCCAUUCAAUCACCCAUCUCCAUCAACUCCAAGCACAAAUUCACCUCAACUCCCUUCACAACGACACCCAUUUACUCUCAGAAUUCGUCUACUUUUGUUCCCUCUCACCCUUCAAAAAUCUCGCCCAUGCACGUAAACUCGUUCAUCACUUUUCCAACAACUCAUCACCCAUUUCAUGGAACAUUCUCAUCAGAGGCUAUUCAUCAAGUGAUUCUCCAAUUGGAUCCAUCUGGGUUUUUAAGGAAAUGCGAGAAAGAGGUGUUAAACCUAAUAAGCUUACUUUCCCUUUUGUUUUCAAGUCUUGUGCGGUGGAUUUGGCGUUAUGUGAAGGGACUCAGGUUCAUUGUGAUGCUGUGAAGUUUGGUUUGGAUUCUGAUGUUUAUGUUUGUAACAAUUUGAUUAAUUUUUAUGGGUGUUGUAAGAAGAUUGUUUACGCGCGGAAGGUGUUUGAUGAAAUGCGUGUGAGGACGGUUGUUUCGUGGAAUUCUGUUAUGACUGCUUGUGUUGAGAAUGUUUGGUUAAGCGAUGGGAUUGAGUAUUUUUUUAAGAUGAGGGAUUGUGGGUUUGAACCGGAUGAGACUAGUAUGGUUUUGUUGUUGACUGUUUGUGCCGAGUUGGGUUAUUUGAGCCUUGGAAGAUGGGUUCAUUCGCAGUUGAUUUUGAGAGGAAUGGUUUUGAGUGUUCAAUUAGGUACUGCUCUUGUUGACAUGUAUGGUAAGUCGGGAGAUUUAGGUUAUGCUAGGGUUGUUUUUGAAAGAAUGGAGAAGAGAAAUGUGUGGACUUGGAGUUCUAUGAUAACGGGGUUAGCGCAACAUGGUUUUGCUGAGGAAGCUCUUGUAUUGUUUGAGAUGAUGAGUGAUGAAAAGAGAAAUAAUGUUUUACCUAAUUAUGUUACUUAUCUUGGUGUUCUAUGUGCUUGCAGCCAUGCUGGGAUGGUUGACGACGGUUACCUAUACUUUCGCGAAAUGGAAUUUGUUCAUGGGAUCAAACCUAUGAUGGUUCAUUAUGGAGCAAUGGUUGAUGUAUUGGGUCGUGCCGGCCGUCUUAGCGAAGCUUAUGAAUUUAUACAUAGGAUGCCUUUUACGCCUGAUCCAAUUGUGUGGAGGACUUUGUUAAGUGCGUGCACAGUUCAUGAUGUUUGCGAUCGUGCGGGGAUAGGGGAAAAAGUAAGAAAGAGGUUACUUGGAAUGGAGCCAAAGAGAGGUGGGAAUUUAGUAAUUGUUGCUAACAUGUAUGCCGAAGAGGGGAAGUGGGAGAAAGCGGCGAAUGUGAGGAGGGUAAUGAGAGAUGGAGGGUUAAAGAAGAUGGCUGGAGAGAGUUGUGUUGAUUUGGGAGGUUCUAUGUAUAAGUUCUUUGCAGGGUAUGAUUCUAGCUCACAUUUGAUGCCUAUGUAUGAUCUGCUAGAUGGAUUGAACCUUCACUUGAAGAUGGUUCAUUGA